AUGACACUGAAACCCGACACAUUUCCUGAUGAAUCGUCCCUGUUGAGCUGGAGACUUUGCUUUACGCUUCAUGUCCACAGGUGAUCUUCAUUUCCUCACAACAUCUUUAUUUUAUUUAUUUAUUUUUUUGGGUGGCACGAGCUGUCCAGUGACACCAACGUAGUGCACGCGCACUGCCCUGCUGCCGCUGCGUCGCACCUUCCCGUCCUCAGCGCACUGCGUCAUGGCGGCAGUGGCCGCGAAGUUACGCGUUCCCUAACCGGAGUUUGAGGACUAUCACCCCGGCAGUCAGCGCACCAUGGUGGAUUACAGUGUCUCAGGUGUGCCAGAGGCCCUGCUCCCUAACCGGGCUGGCCCCGGUCACAUGAAGGAGCAGGCUCUCAUGGCCUUGCUGGAGUGUCCUCUGUGCUCCAGGCGGCUGGAUGCGUCAGCUAAGGUCCUGCCCUGCCAGCACACUUUCUGUAUGUCCUGCCUGCAGAGACAGGAGGCAGCCCAGUCCCAGCUGCUGUGCCCAGAGUGUCGCACCCCCGUCCCAGCCAGGACCGUGGAGGAGCUUCCCACGAGCCACUUGCUGGUGCGGCUCCUGGAGGGGAUCCAGAACUCGCCGAGGCCCAGCAGGGACAGGCAGACAGCCCGCUACGCAGUGCCCUUGGCCAGAGGCGACUUGACAGUCAGGGAGGGUCAGCAGCAGCAGCAGCAGCAGCAGCAGCAGCAGGAAGGUCAACACAGGGAGAAGCAAGGGUACAAUGAGCUUGCUCUCAGGGCUGCGAUGCGCAACCAGAAAGGUGAUUCGUCAGGAGAGCUGUUGCACAAGAGUGGCAACGGUAUCGCCCCGAAACACAAGGCGGAUGAGAGCUGGCACCACGGAAACGCCGGUGACGGUAGCGGUGCGUCUGUCACUGCCAGCGCGCUGCAGGCUGUCAGCCAGAUGCCUCAUUUGCAGCCCCUCCAGCAGUCCCAACCUUCGGCUCUCUGCAGGGCCCUGUACAACUUCAACCCCGAAGAGAUGAAUCUGGAAGACAGCAAAUGUUGUCUCAGCUUCUUCAAGGGAGACAUCCUCACUGUCCUCAGACGCGUGGAUGAACACUGGAUCGAAGCCAAGCUAGGGGAGAAAGUUGGAGUUUGCCCUCUGCAGUUUACAGAGCCAAACACAGUGGCUGCCAAACUGCUAGAGGGGAAGAAUCGGAAGGGGAGUGACUCAGCAGAAUCUCACCAUCGGACUGGGAGCGGGGGCAACGACAAGGCCACUGACGCAUCCAACAGGACAGCCCAUUUCGGAGUCCCUCAAGUCCCAACAAAGACACCCACCACCAAUGCUUUGCCCCUUUCCAGCCAGCGAAAACAGCCCGCAGCCGGCAGCAGCAACUUUUAUCAGACUGCCAAAGGAGACACAACCAACAUCCGCACCAUCAACAGUUUCAGCCAUCAGGGUCUGUCACACCGCCUCAGUGCGCCUCCCGCCGCCCGCGGCCUCUCUCACUCCUCCAGAGUGAACUCUCAGCGAGUUAAACGCCACUCUGACACCACGCACAGACACCUGUUACAGAGUGAGAAGACGAUGACCAGUGAGACUCCACCCACCAUCUCCAUGGCCCUGGUGAACCCCCAGAUGUCCUCUGCCUCUGCAGACGGCAAAAACUCCUCCACACAGCAGCUCUCCAUCAGCGUGUGUGCCGUCCUGUACUCCUACAAACCACGAAGGCCGGAGGAGCUGGAGCUGAGGAAAGGAGAGAUGGUGGGAGUGUACGGAAAGUUCAAAGAAGGCUGGCUGCGUGGGUUAUCGCUCAGAACGGGCAAAGUGGGCAUUCUGCCCAGCAACUACAUCUCGCCAGUGCUCAGAACCUCGGCCAGACUCCUGGAGACCAAGGCAGCUAGUGCGUCCUCACAGUACAACACAGUGUCUGCAAAGAAACCCACAGCUGCCAAGAAUCCCUCUGUGGUCCUUGCUCUUGAUAGGGUAAACGCUGAUGGAACGAUACACUCAACAGGACAUGUCCCAUCUGUGCCAAAUGGAGCACAGCACGCAAUGUCAUCCACUGGUGCUGGAAAACCAUCCCUCUAUGGGGGCGCACAAGGUUGGGAGGCAGUCAGACGCAUCUUCAACCCUCACCGAGGCUCAAACAAUUUCUCCCACACGUCCAACAUGAAUGCCCCGUCCAACUCGCAGCAUUUUGCACAAGUGCAGGCGUCUGGAUACUCACCUGCCCUGCAGAGGAAGAAGUACAGCGGCAGCAUCAUGUCCAAAUCUGGCAGGCCACUGGGCUGGAUGACUGAGCCAGCAGCGCCCUCUGCUGCUGCAGUCUUUAAUGACAGGGACUUCACUGUUUCACAGGAGGCGACAUUUCAGCAUGACAGACAGCCGUCCAUCGGGCCUCAAUCAAUCCUAGUCCGACCUGACUCGCACAAGAACAAUAUAGACAAGCCGGCAAAGUCAGUGCGGUUCCUCACAGACGAGGACUCCCCUCCUCUGAGACCUCGGACGUCUUCAUGGUCGUCAGGAAGUCAGGUUCCCUCCAACCACCGCCCUGGCCCUCCGCUGUUAGAGGUGUGGGCCCCAUCGCUGACCCUGGGAAGAGACGGACCAGGGAUCAUUCUCAAAGAAGGAAAAGUUCCUAUUCUCAGGAAAGGCCUGGAAACAGCCACCACGGACCUGAAUUCCAACCCGCAGAAACAGAUACCAUCGCAUCCGUCCCUGUCAGCCAUGUCGGCUCAGUUCAGCCCCAGCAGACACAGGGUGGCCACCACACAUUUAGCCCAGACAGACUCUGAGUUCAGUCUGCUUCAAGGAGAGCUCGUCCUCGUCCACCGACCUCGACCUGACGGACGGGUUCUGGUUACUCAGGAGAGCAGUGGGCUGACAGGCUUAUUUCACUGCAGUGUUCUUCAAGCCCUCGAGAGGCUCAGCUGACUGUAGUAGUGUAUAUUUCUAUAUUACGUGUGUUCAAACUGCCAAAUGACUUGACUAACCUGCUGAACAACAACGAUGCUUGUUGAGGUCCAAAAGGUUAAUACUGCCAAAUGACAAUCCUAUGAAGGAGGUGUUUAUUUUUAUUUUCUUCGUCCUGAGUGCAUAUAAGACUGCGGUUACAUUCUCCAGAGGCAUAUUGUGUGUCCUUAAAUGUGUGUGCAUGUUUGUUACACAUGUACUACUGUAAAGACUUUGCACAAAAAAACCAAUCUAAUGACUGUUCCUUGUUUAAUACCCUUGUUACACGCAUUGGUUAGUGCCUUUGUCAAAACCCACAAAGAAAACAAACUAUAUUUAAAUAUAUUUAGAGAAUUUAUGAGAUGAAAUAUCUGUUCUGCUUAUGUGGUAAUAAACUAUACUUCCAGAA